AUGGACUCCUACGCGCAAUACCACGCGCAGCAGCCUUCCGCAUACCCUCACUCCCACCAGCAGCAUCCCAACCAGCCGAGUCCUGUCAUGCAGAGCCAAGCGCAGGCGGGCUACGGCCAACACCAGAACGCGCAACAAAUGCCGCACCCCCAACUCAUGUCGCAGCUCCCCUACAACACCGCCUACUCGAUGCAGCCACAAUACUCGCAUGCAGCGGCCAUGGCGACCGCGGCGGCUUCGGGCUAUCCUGCAUAUCCCAUGCCCGACCAAGCCAACAUGGGCACACUCCCGUCCACAUCGCCGAGAUUAGGUCAGGUGAAGAAUGAUGGGUCAAACAUGGCGCGACAGACCGAGCAAUCUCCACGACAGAUGGGUAUGCAACAGUCAUUACCGCAAAGACGUCCGUCGCAUGUCAACAGUCCCGCUGUGGCAGGCCAGCAAGCACAACUCGGCAUGAGCGCGCCGCUUCGACCUCCCACGCAGCAAGGCCCCGGCGGACAACAGCUGCAUCAACAGUCUCCGGAUGUUGCGGGGGCGGUGCAGGCGGAGGAGUCGCCGCUCUACGUCAACGCCAAGCAGUUCCAUCGCAUUCUCAAGCGGCGCAUUGCGCGACAGAAGUUGGAGGAUGCGCUUCGGCUAACGAACAAAGGGCGCAAGCCGUACCUUCACGAAUCUCGCCAUAACCAUGCGAUGAGACGACCGCGAGGGCCCGGCGGGCGCUUCUUGACGGCAGAAGAGGUAGCGCAGAUGGAAGCGCGCGGAGAGCUUCCCGGUGCGGACGAGAUGAAUGGCGAGACUGCUCCGACCAACGGCAACACCAAGAAGAAGCGAGGAGACGCCAAGAACGACGCGCCGAAGAAGAUCAAGAGUGACGACGACGAGGACGAUGGAGAAGACGAAGACAACGACAAAUAGGGAUAGAAGUCCGUUUGUGGUGGUCGUCGGCGGAGACUCGGUGCAUGUAGGGGCGACUGGCGUUUCUUUGCAUUCUCAUGAGGUCACGAAGCGCUGGAUUUCACAGGAUAUCGUUACUGAAGGCGAAGAGGAGGGAGCAAGCCAUGAAAGACUUUGAUGGUGAAGGAGGACAUGGUGGGCGUUGCGUUAAGGGCAGGUGAUCCUCACUCGUUAAGAUUAUACCCCCCGGUUUGUUUGGUGUUUGUUCUUCGCCGCGCAGCUGGCUGCUUCUGCUUCUUCUUUACGCGCGAGUGAUGGGGCGGGGGAUGUCUCGUUUCGCCGGGUCGAGAUUCGUUGGGGUGUGGAGGAAGAGAGGCAUAUAGCCGUACAGUUGAUUGUAGUGGUAAUGCGAGCAUCUCGCGGCAUCUUAACGUCGGUUUCCG